GAGAGCUGGGUCAGCUCCAUUCACCAUUUUGGAAGGAGCCGGGGCUUCCCAGAAAGAGAGAGAGAGAGAGUGAGUGUGUAAGAGAGAGAUGGAGAGGAGACACAGGGAGGAGGAGCAGGGGGAGGGGGCCAGAUGAGAGUCCCAGGGCUGUCCCCGAGCUCCAGGCACCAGCACCACAACAACACAGAGAGAGAGAGAGAGAGAGAGAGAGCUUGCGCCCCAAGGGUGGAGGACCACCUUACGAUGAACGAUGAAGUCCGCCAGGAAACCGGCCCCCACCAGCCCCUCAGGCGGCAGCAGCAGGUCUCCCCCGGCCGGGCGGCAUAGGGGCAUGAAACGCAGGAACGGGGAACAGCUGGCCGAGACACCGGGCACUGCGCCAGCGAGGAGAGCGGGCCAGGGCAGGCAGGAGGGCCGCGCCAGGGCCACCCCCGAGGGAGGGGAUGUCCCGGCCCAGGGAGAGAGCCGGGUGGCCGGGGAGGCAGGCAGGGCCGACGGGGCGGUCUCCAGCCGCAAGACCGCCACCUUCAAGUCGCGGGCCCCCCGCAAGAAACCGGCAGAGGAGCUGACGGGCACUGACGGGCGGGACGACUCCAGCAGCAACGGCAGCGAGGGUUCGGUGGGGCCCGGCACAGCCCCACCGGCCAACCCCACCCCUGCUGUCCCCAAGGGGCCGGCAGAGGAGGAGGGGGAUGGAGAGGGAGAGCAGCCCUUGGGGUGUCCUGCCGACCCGGCAGAAGACCCCGGUGCCGGUGCCAGCUCCUCUGGCACAGAGACGGCGAGCGAGCACUCUGCUGAUGGCGAGGAGGAGGAGGAGGGCGAUGGUGAGGGGGGCGGCCUGUCCCAGUGCCUCCAGGCGCAGCGCCCUGCCUCGCAGCGGCACUGCCGACGGCGAUGCCGUGACCCAGACCCUCCGCCCAACAACUCGGACCGGCCAUCCUCCACCACCAUCUCCACCACUACCUCCACCUACCGAGGGGGCUCCUGGGCCUGCCCCGAGGCCGGUGCCCCUCCCCCUGCCUCCUCCCUGACCCCCGGUUCCCGGGUCUGUGUCCGCUACCCCGGCCCCCGCCCCUCCCCCUUCCGGCACGGAACGGUGACGGAGAUCGGGCGCGGCGGAGCCGCCCCUUACCGCGUACUCUUCGAUGACCGGGAGGGCGCCUGGGUGUCCCUGGAGGACCUGAGGCUCCCUGCCCGUGGGCCCUCCUGGCCCGACGGUAGCGGGGGGCCCCCCUCGCCCACUCCCGUGCCCACUCGCCAGCCGGAGGACACCGAGGUGUUAACCCUGAGCCUGGGCAUUGGACAGCACCAGCAGCAAGUGGCAGGGGGUGGGGGGUCGGGCAGCGCCCCGGAGGGGGGAAGCACCAGCGCCUCCCUGGACAGUCGUCUGACCCCGGGUCCCCGCUCCCGCACACCCCUGGCCCCCGUGGGUGCGGCAGCAGCGGCCCAGCAGAAAUACAAGAAGGGGGAUGUUGUGUGCACCCCCAACGGGAUCCGCAAGAAGUUUAAUGGUAAGCAGUGGAGGCGGCUUUGCUCUCGCGAUGGCUGUAUGAAGGAGUCUCAGCGUCGCGGUUACUGCUCACGCCACCUCUCCAUGCGCACCAAGGAGCUGGAGGGUGGAGGGGGGUGCAUGGCGGGCUCAGACGGGCGGGCCAGUGGCCUGAGGGAGGGCAGCUCGGAGUUCGACUGGGAUGAGACGUCCCGGGACAGCGAGGCCAGCAGCGCCCGCGCCGACUCCCACCCCAGGCUGCCCACCACCGCCCCCGCCGCCCCGGCCUCCGACCUCUCCAGCUUCAACUCGGACGAGUGCGACGCCGCUAACAUGCUGGUGUCACUGGGCAGCUCCCGUUCGGGGACGCCGGGGUUCUCGCCCGUCUCCAACCAGUCGCCCUUCUCCCCUGCCCCCUCCCCGUCACCCUCGCCCCUCUUUGGCUUCCGGCCCGCCAGCUUCAGCCCCAUUACAGCCUCCCCCGUCCUGCAGCGCGGUGCGGGGGGAGGAGCUGGGUGCCCGGGCCCUGGCCCCGCUGCCCUCCCUCCCUCCUCUUCGUCCUCGUCCUCCUCCUCCUCCUCCUCCUCCUGCGCCUCGUCUGUCUCCUCGUCCCGUCACCGGCACGCCAGCACUCCCAAGCUGGGGUCGCUGACCCCCGAGCUGGGGCACGGCACCCCCUCCCACCCUCACCACCACCCCCACCACCCUCCGCUGAGAGAGCGCCACUCCUCGGGCAUCCAGCCCAUCUUCCAAACCAGCCUGACCUUCACCGUGCCCAUGAGCCCAGGCAAGGGCAAAGCCAAGCCCGACUGGGGGCACGGGGCCACCCCUCAGCCGCCGCACUCCGCCUCCAGUGACUACCACAAGGGCGAGGUGGGAGAGACGGGUGCCCCCUCUGCCCCCGGCACCUUCCAGGCUACCUCUCCCCCUGCCGGGCACUUUCCCCGCUCCCGCCAGGCCUCCCCGCCACCGCCACCGCCGCUGCUCCUGCUGAGCCCGCCCGCUGCCGUGACCUCCGACCCCUCCGUGCGCCGAGUCCCUGCCGCCCAGCGUGACUCGCCGGUCAUCGUCCGUAACCCCGAUGUGCCUCUGCUGCCAACCCGCUUCACCGAGAGGGCUUUGGGGGUGGCUGGAGGAGGUGGUGGGGGGGGCAGCCCCAGGGUGAACAAGGGUUCCACCAAAGAUCACUACCGGCACCCGGCCGGCGGCAAGGCUCCCCUGCAGGCCCCCGUGCCCAUCAAUGCCAACCGCAUGGCCCGUGCUGCCUCCCCUGGUCCACCAGCUGGCGGGCUCGGCGCAGCAGCUGCCGCCCUGACUCCUGCCCGCCAGGAUCCUCCUAUCCAGCCAGUGGCCUGCCACCCGUCGCCAGCUGCCCUUUUGCCCGUUAUCGUGCCGUCGCCCCUCGGAGAGUUCCAGCACCCGGCCCCGAAGAAGGAGAUCAUCAUGGCGCGCCCCGGAACAGUCUGGACCAAUGUGGAACCACGUUCCGUCCCUGUCUUUCCCUGGCACUCGCUGGUUCCCUUCCUCACUCCCAGCCAGCCGGACUCCUCCGUCCAGCCGACAGAGGCUGAGCAGCCCACAUGUCAGGCAGGAGCAAUCCAUCAGGUUAAAGAGCCUCUGCAGUCUGCACAGGGGGUGCACAGUCCCGUUGGAGUUUCCCAGGACCCAGAGGCCCAGGAGGAGCCCGACAGCCCCUCGCAGAUCGCCAGUGAGGUCAGCAAGGCCCCCCCUGACGAUGACAUGCAGGGUCUCCCAGAUCAGAGGAUGGACAGUGAGACCGAGAGUGACCACGACGAGGCCUUUCUGUUGACCACUGGAGUAGACACAGUCUGCCUUCCGCCUGAAAAGCGAAGGACCAAGUCUCUCAGCGCACUGCCCAAGGAGCGGGACUCCUCGUCUGAGAAAGAUGGCCGCAGUCCGCACAAGCGAGAGAAGGACCACAUCCGACGUCCAAUGAAUGCCUUCAUGAUCUUCAGUAAGCGUCACCGUGCCCUGGUGCAUCAGCGGCACCCCAACCAGGACAACCGCACGGUCAGCAAGAUCCUGGGAGAGUGGUGGUACGCCCUGGGACCGAAGGAGAAGCAGAAGUACCACGACCUGGCCUUUCAGGUGAAAGAGGCUCAUUUCAAGGCCCACCCUGACUGGAAAUGGUGCAACAAGGACCGUAAGAAAUCCAGCUGUGACGUCAAAGCAGCAACGGCAGGCCCUGGCUCGGUCAGGUGUAAGGAGCAAAGGGAACGCAGCAUGUCCGAGACCGGCACCCUCUCUGCAACGACAGUUCCCUCAGAGAUGGCAACAGACUGCCCUGGGGCUGUGCCAUGCUCCGACUCGAAGCCAAUUUCGCUGCUGCACCCGGGCACAGUGAGUAUGCAGCUGAACCGGCCGAGAGCCUUCUCCCACAGCGGGGUGCACAGCUCCGAGAAAUGUGACCGCAACAGUGAGGCCUUGGUGGAGCUCGCACAGAUGUGCUCGAACCCACUACCUUACCCUGGGGUCCGCUCGCAGCACCUCGCCACGGGAACUCUGAGCUUUAGUGGGCAGGCACCAACCGACUCUGUGACCAGCAGCAGUUCCUUACGGCCGGCCCCAGCUCAGGCCCAGGGCCAGGCCCGGCCAUUCCGCUCCCAGCGGACCACCAGCGAGGACAUGACCAGUGAUGAGGAGAGGAUGGUCAUCUGUGAGGAGGAGGGCGAUGACGAUGUGAUGGCAGAUGACCCUUACGGUGCAGCCGAUAUUGACCUGAAGUGUAAGGAGCGUGUAACCGAUAGCGACAGUGAUGGGAUGUCUGCUGACGAGAGUGAGAAUAAGGUAUUCGCCCCUGUGAUUCAACUCUCGCAGGCAGGAAGCUAUGGGCCAUGUCGUCCCCACCCUGAGAUGCUGAGGGAACGAGGGCGGACGGAGGCUGAGAGUGGGGGCUACGGGGGCUACAGGGGGCCAGGAGGGUCAGGGGCAGAGCCCCCCGAGGGUAAGCUGAAGCCCGAGCAGCAGAGACGAGGAGAUGUGCGUUUCGCCCUGACGGAACCCGCACCUGCCUACGACAGGAAGCGAAGGAAAGCCGAUGGGGGGCUGGAGGCUCGGCUCUACCCGGGCCAGUCGGUCAUCUCUCCUGCUGCCGGGAGGCCGGGCGAGGCCGGUGCCCGCUGCCCCAAGCCCCCGGGUGGGGGGAGUGGCACCCUCCUGGUCAGCCCCACUCCAGCCUCGGAGCCCUGCCCGUCCCCUCGAGCCGCCCCCACCUCCGUCACCAACGUUUUGAGGCCGGUCAGCAGCGGUGGGGGGGCCCUGCUGUACACCCCGGGACAGGGGGAAGACCCCAGGAAGACCCCGGCCCCCCCUCACCCGUCCGCCUACGGCCCCUCGCCCAAGCCGGGCCCCACGGACCCUCUGGUGACUGGCCUGGUGGUCAGCUCAGCGGCAGCGGGCGGGCCUGCUCUACCUGCCCACGCCACCAACACCACCUCCAACACCACCACCUCCAGCGCCCCCCCCUCUGGCCUGGUGCUGCCCCAGCAGCCGUCCCUGCAGUUCAUCGCCCAGACCCCGGCGGCUCCCCAGAACGGUGCCCUGCCCCUAGGCAUCAUCCAGCCCCAGCCCCAGGUGAAGCCAGCCACCAUCGCCCAGCUCCAGUACAUCCUUCCCGGCCUGCCCCCCCAGCUCCAGCUCUCCGCGGCCGGCAAGGCGUCGCCGGGCCAGUGUGGGAGCGGGGCCGCCAGCAUCCACUUCGCCCUGCCCCCUCCCACCACCGACAACGGCAAGGGGCUGGCCGCUUCCUCCGCCACCGCGUCGCACGGCAUCCCCAUCAUCCAGGCAACGCCCAUCGUCAAUCCCGGCGCUGUGCAGAAAGUACAGUCCAUGUCUCCAGUGCCAGCACACUCGCCCAUCAAUGCUACGCAGGUGAUACAGCCCUCGGGCCUACACCCCGCAGCUGCCACCACUGCCCAGGUACAAGGGAAGAUGCUGGUCGCUGUGCCAACAGCGCAGGGCAGCUUAGCCGCCGUCGCUACAGCCACCGGGGGUCAGGUUCACGUGGCGACAUCUUCGGUCCCACUGCCUGUGCAGAACGGAGCCCAGCAGCAGCAGCAGGCCAGCAAGAUAAUCCAGAUCGCUCCAAUCCCAAUGGUACAGCAGCAGGUCAGCUCACAGGCUGCGAACCAGCCAGCAGCGAGCCCCGCUCUCCACACCAGCUUCGCCACCAUGGCCACCUCCAGCAUCCCGCCCAAAAUGCUGCUGCCCAGCUCGAACAGGAUCACAUAUAUCCCCUCCACUGGUGGGGUGCAUUCCUCUAUCCCCCUGGUCAGCUCUGCCUCGUCCAUCCACACCGGGGCCAGCACCACCUACCGCCAGCAGCAUCCUGUCGCUCUUGGGUUCACGGCCAUUGCCCCUGACGGUCGGACAGUGCUGCAGCCCCUCCUAACAGGCCAGACCCCGCUCCUGACCGCUGGGCAGGUUGGCUCCCCUCAGCUGUCGGGCCCUCAGCUGCAGCCUGCACCGCCGGGGCACCUCAUCACCGCCAUUUAUCCCUCGCCUGCCUCUGCCAGCCUUGCCACGACAACCCCGAGCCUCGUCUACACGGCCUCACCGUCAGUGACCAGCACUGCUCCACCGCCUGCCAUCUUGCCCAAGACGCCGAGUGGCAUCGUACAGCAGCAGCAGGCAUCAAUGCCGGCCUCCACGGUCACGGCACCGCCAGGGGCUCAGCAUGGAAUGGGCAUAGUGACCCCCGUGUCGUCACAAGGGCUGGGCACUCCCGUACAGGGGAACUUGCCAUUCAGUUUGAGGCCGGCGCGGCCCCUACAGAAACAGCAAGGAGGGCCAGCUGGAGGAGCGACAGGGACAAAGGCCAAGGGGCCAGGUGCCAGCCUUGCCCCCUCCAGCCUGCACGAGCCAGCAGGCAGUACCCGGGGAGGGGGUAAACUGCCGGAGGGCCUCCCCGAGAGUGCUCAGCGCCCGGGCCCGGAGGAGGAGGCGGCGUGUACACGCGAACCUUUGGAGGACAAGCCCUCGAGGCCUACUACUGCCGACGAGGAAGGGCAGGAGGUCCCGGCCUCGCUCCAGCCCUGCCAGCAGCGGGACUCCGUGCCCCCCACUUCGACUGGGACUCCCGCUGAGGACAGGGCACCCCGUGAGCCCAGCCCCCAGGCCGGAGACGUGGGGACGGCCUGCAGCACGGCCAGCCCCAUCGGCUACACCAGCAAAUCCACCAACACCGAGAUCACCUUCAAAAAGGAGCCCACGCCUGGGAAGUUCACAGCGAGUACGGAGUGGCGUGGAGUGACAGACCCUGGCUCGGAGGCUCCAUCCACCUCUCAGGCCCCAGCAGGCUGUGGUGAGCUGGCCAAGCCUUCGGGCAGCACCUCCUCAGACAGCAGCGAUAGGAAGGAGCAGCCCAAGAAGCUGAAAGUGAGACCACCACCUCUGAAGAAAACCUUUGAUUCUGUGGACAAGGUGCUGUCUGAGGUUGAUUUUGAGGAGCGGUUUGCAGAGCUGCCAGAGUUCCGACCUGAGGAAGUUCUGCCCUCGCCUACCCUGCAGGCCCUCACAACGUCACCCAGAGCCAUCCUCAGCAGCUACAGGAAGAAGAGAAAGAAUUCCACUGAUCUGGACUCCUCGACUGAAGACCCGAUCUCCCCGAAGAGAAAGAUGCGCCGCCGCUCCAGUUGCAGCUCCGAACCCAACACGCCAAAGAGUGCCAACAGGGAGGGUGAAAUCUUCACCUUCGAUAAGCCUGCUGCCCAGGGGUCGGAUGCCGAUGAUGUGUUGGCUGAUCUGGAGUUUGACAAGGUGCCAUACUCGUCCCUCAGAAGGACACUAGACCAGAGGCGGGCACUGGUCAUGCAGCUGUUCCACGAACACGGAUUUUUCCCGUCAGCCCAUGCCACAGCGAGUUUCCAGACCCGGUACUCAGAUAUUUUCCCCACCAAGGUCUGCCUACAGCUGAAGAUCCGCGAAGUGAGGCAGAAGAUCAUGCAGACAGCGACCCCGAACGAGCAACCACAGAGCUCUCUGUUUGUGCCGACCUCUCCUCCGGGCCAGCCAUGCCCGGACACCAGGCCUGAUGACGAGGGAGAGCUGGCAGAGGAAGUGGAGAGGCCGCAGCCGACGCCAGGGGAGAGUCCUGAGCCUGGCAGUAGCACCAGGUGAUGGCAGACAGAGGGCUGGCAGCCGGCACAGCGUGGCACAGCACGGCACACUUUUUAUAUGUAAAGACCGUCCGAGAGCAAACCAAACAGAGCCUGCUCCCCCCCACCUGCCCGACUGUCCCCGUCCAGGAGCGAAGUGUCAGCCUGGUAACGCGACCCGUGUGAGUGGGGGUGGGGACAUGAGGGGGUGCGAUCAGAUGGCGCAAGGCGCCCACUGCCCUAACAUGGGGCACGUUUUGGAGCGGUCUGCCUGAAGACCACCCUCUCCCCACCCCACCUCGUAAUGCGGUGUGUGUGUGUGUGUGUGUGUGUGUGUGUGUGUGUGCGCUGAUGGUGGGGGACGGCUAAAGGUGCCAGGGUUUGGUGGGGAUGGAUUGCAGGCUUUGUAAUCGCUCUGUUGCUUUUCGUCAGGGACCGCACACACCACGCUCCUGCACACACCAGACAAAAUCGAUCAAUCUGAGGAGAUCUGUCGUUCAUCCGACACCCUUCCCCACCCCCCCACCCCUCCCAAUCUCCCACCCCUCUAGCUCACCUUGUCUGAGAGGGUGUGGGCCAGGGUGGGGAGGAGUAUAGACUGCUUUCUGUUUGUCUCUGACCGCGGUUGUUUUUAUCAGAACUAAUUGUAUUGGGAGCUCUGUACAGAUUCCAAACCAUGUUAUUGAUUCCAGCUAAGCCUGCCCUAUCACUCCGCCCCCGCUAAUCCCUCUGUACAACUCAAUCUCUCUUUCUGCUUUAAAUCUCCCUUCCCUCCCUCUGCCACCAUCUUUCUCCAUGUACUCUUCCCUCCUCCUGUCUCUGCCUCCCACUCUGUCCUCCAUCACUUCUCCAUGCCCUCUGCUUGGGUCACUCCCACUACGCGCUGUUCCUGUCUCUCCCUCCCUCAGUCUCCCCCUGCCCGCUCCUCAUACAGCCCCUGCAGCGAAAUCUUGUGCUAAAGCAUUCUGUACAGAAGAUGUAAAAUUGCUUUGUAUUAUAGAUUGAAGGUGCCCCUGAGGGGUGCCAUCUCCGAAUUGUGAAAA